AAAGAAGUGAAUAGGUAAAUUUAAAAAUGUUUAAUUUUAAUUGCUAUUUCUAAAUCAAUUGUUUUAUUGUAUUAGACCAGAUUUGUAUAUUACUGUAGUAAGUAGUAUUAGUAUUAGUAUUAGCGUUGGUCGUUGGUUUAAAACAGUAGUUACCCAUGGCGAACUUUAAUAUUGUUUCCCGAAAAAGAGCCCAAAUGCCUAAUAUGGCUGAAAUGUCGGUGAGUACAGUCCUAGAUAAGCCUAUAACAAAACGAAUAUCAUAAAUUUAUUGAUCUAUUCACUUUUUCUUUUCUAAAUUUUCUUGUUUUAUGACAAACGUCCAUUUUCAUUAUAAUUAACUGCAGUGAGAAGUAUGAUUUGAGAGUAUACUUAUACCAAGUAUGAGUUAUGACAGUAUCAUGAAUCAUACUUCCUGAGUAUCAUUGAAUCAUGAGGAGAAUGUGACUUGCGACUUGCUGAGUCGCUACCCUUGAUUCUCAACCACUCACAGCUUCCCUCGCCUUUCUUAGAUAAAAUUGUAAAACUUAGAAGAGAAUCAUAAUAUGAUAAUUAUAAGGCAGUGUCUAAUACUAAUAUGAUAAUUAUAAGGCAGUGUCUACACGUCCGGGCGCCGGACGUAUAUCUCCAGCACUAUUUUGUCCAGCGACCAAGUCACAUAACCGCCGUAACAAAGUGGCGAGAGAUAUCUUGACUGCGAAUGAUUCAAAACUAUUAUUAAUUUUAAAAUCUAUUUACUCUACCAAGUAAUGUACUGAGUAUCUUGAAUGUAAAUAAUAGAAAAAAACUUAAGUGAAAGUGGCUUGUAAACAUUUUUGUUUAGUUUGUUAUUUGAGUUUGUGUACCAGUAAUCCAUAAAAUAAAUUAGGGGCCAGUGUGGAGUAGGCAACCAAUAAAAGUAAGAUUUAAUUUUAAAUUCUUUAAAUUGCUACAAAAUAUUUAAAAGCUUCACAUGAAACUACUGUUGCUGAUGAACAUGAUAAUAUAAAUAUAGUAUAAAAGAUCUUUAAUUAAAAUGGGAAGAAAAAAAAAACGAUCCUAUCCCCAGUAUUGAUCCUCAAACAAUAAUAUCGUCAAGACCACAAGACCACACAAGAUCUACCACACUGCACUUCGUUAGGAAUUAUAAAAACUACUAGCCGUCCGGCGGUCACGUGACAUGCUGCACUAUUUGCGCACUAUUUGUCCGGCGCGCCAGACGUGUAGACACUUCGUAAUUAUAAUGCUUAGAAUACUUAGAAUAAAGUAAAUUAUUAAGUAACAGUAAAGCCUUGUUUUAUAGUCUUAGUUUUUAGACCUGGUUAACACAGCCUUACUAAGUUAAAGUAUGCUGUGAAAGAACGGAUGUCAUCAAACAGACUAAAAUUAAAUGAUGAUCAUAAGACUGAGGCAAUUAUUUGUGGUUCAGACGCCAAUCUUCGGAAAGUUGCCAUUGCAUCAAUAAAGGUUGGUGAAUCAGAGAUCCUGUUGUCCUCAACUGUCAGAGACCUUGGCUUUUAUAUUGACAGUAAAGUUAAUAUGAUUCCCCAUAUCAGUUCUGUGGUCAAGGCAUGCUUUUGUCAUCUGCGUGCCCUGGGUCAGCUGUGUCCUCAACUCGAUAGGAGAACAGCCAAUGCUGUAGCGGUAACUCUAAUCCAGUCAAGAUUAGAUUAUUUUAAUAGUUGUUUGUUACUUCAGAAACAAAUUCAGAGACUUCUUAAAGAUAUAAAAUGCUACAGCACGCAUUGUAUAGCGGAUGAAGAAAUCUGACCACAUCACACCAGUUCUGCAAGAUCUCCAUUGGCAUUGGGUUCCUGUGAGUGAGCGCAUUAAAUACAAAAUUCUACCCCUGGAAUACAGCUGCAUAGAUUGCUCAGCACCGGAAUAUCUGAAAGAACUAAUUUAUAAACAUGUAUCCUUGAAGAGCCUGCGGUCUUUAACACAGUACUUACUCUUUUGAAGCGAUAGCGCCAAAAUUAUGGAACAGUUUGCCUCAAUCUUUGAGGGGAAUGGAAAAUGAUAAAAAAUCAUUAAAGAAAUAUUUUAAAACUUUUUUUUUUAAAUAGAUUUCGGAAAACCAGAGCGCAGUGAGCCUGCUAAAGUUGCAUGGAUACCAGCGCGAUAUAAAUAUAAAAUCAAUCAAUCAAUAACCAAAAUUUUCUUAAAACUAAGCCUGAGAACUAAGGCGAAGCCGAAGAGUAAAAGAAAAUGAGUUAAACAAAGUAUGAGUAUGGGAAAACCUGAAAAAAAAGAAUGAACGAAUGCAACAAAAAAGCAAACAUUUUAAUAUUAGCAUUCAUUGAACAAAGAACAUUAAAAACAAUAUAAAAUAAACACUUAGCCUUAGCUGCAAAACUAAGUGAAGUGGUUGUGUACACCAUGGUGGUGCACCUAGCAAAGCCAUGGCCCUAGGCCUGUAUACUCCGCUGAGGUAUACCUAGCAAAACCGGCACUCCUCAGAACGGCAGUCCCAAAUUAUAAAAGAUAUUACUAUUCAUUAGAAAGUGUACGGCUAAAUGCCGCCAAUAAUUGGUGAUUUAAAAGUAUUCAUUUUUUUAAGACCGCGAUCUUCAUCAGCCUCUUCAUGAGGCUCUUCAUCAUCCUCAUCUCUUGAAAUAAAUUUUAAAAAAUGAAAGAAGUAGAAGAAAGGAAAUGCAAAAGAGAAACAUAGGUUAUCUCUGUUGAAUUUCUGUUUUAUAAUAGACGGUGUUCAGCAAGCCACACUAACCAAAGCAUACACUGCCUUCGGCAUUGUGUCAUCAGUAUAAGUUUGUUACUUGUAGAAUGUUUCCUGACAAAACAUUAUUUGAAAUAUGAACCGACGCUUACUGUCUGCCGGACAUGGUAUUGUUUAUUUUAUAUUAUUACAAGCAAUAAUUCAUCUGCAAACAAAAUUUGAAGUAAAAAAUUAGGUCACCAGUUAUCUUCGGCUAUUAGGCUGCAAGCCGUACACUUUCUAAUGAAUAGUAUUAUAUUUUUAAUUUGGGACCGCCCUUCUGAAGAGUGCUGCAAAACCAUGUACCAAGGCCUGCAUGCACGGCUACAAAAAUUAACCACUGGCCUCGUCAUAAGAUACAGCUGUUAGAUAUGAUUCUUGUGUGGUCUUGUGGUAGAUUAAACGCUAAGGCUAGGGCAUAUCAUAUUUUGUGAUCGAUUCCCAAAUGCUGAUCAAGCUUUGCUUACUUAAAGUCUGCUACAGCGUUGUGUGUUUCUAAAAUCAUGAUGUUUCUCAAAAGAUUUGCUUUGAGACUGAGGGUUUUGAAUGAAUCGUGAAUAUCGGGUUCUUUUUAAUAAUGUUGCAACAUCUAAUCGGUGUUUUUAACUUGAUAUGAAAAAACCUUGCACUGAUUUUGUGACUACAAUGUGAGUUGGUUGGGAGGUCAUUAUCUGUUACUCUGUUAUUUUGCCUCUGGUGUGUCCUGCUUCAUUUUCACAACUGGCCCUCCCCCUACUCAACAUGUUUUAUAAUUAAUACUAUUAAUAGUACUGAGUGGGGGAAAAAAAGCUGUCCAGCAGCGAUGUCAUGCGGGACAGUUAAACUCGGGGUAGGACUGUCUGUGUGCCUAUUGUUUCUGGUUCUGGUUGUUUCAUAGCUGCAUCCAUAUACUGGCAACUGUGCAACGGUUGGGGAGCGAUGCUGCUAUUCUAACAGCUCCUAGCAGAUGCCAGGGCAGCCUUGAAGCUUUCGACUGAUGUCGAGUCCACGGCGACAUUUUCCAGGCGGUUCCAAGCGAUUAUUGUGCGGGGGAAGAAUGAUUGUUUAUACUGCACAGUGUUACACCGAGACACAGUGAAGCAUUUGGUAUUGUUUCGGGUGUAAUUGUUUAUGGGGUUGUCAGUGGUGAAAUCAGUGUUCAGGUUUAAAUGCAGGCAGGGCGGGUGUAGGACUGUCUGUAGGCAUAUUGUUUAAAUGCUGGCAGGUAGGGUGUAUGACCUGCCUGUAGGCCUAUUGUUUAAAUGCUGGCAGGUAGGGUGUAGGGCUGUCUGAAGGCCUAUUGUUUAAAUGCUGGCAGGCCGGGUGUAGAACUGUCUUUUGGCCUAUUGUUUAAAUGCUUGUAGGUAGUAUGUAGGACUGUCUGUGGACCUAUUGUUAAAAUGCUGGCAGACAGGGUGUAGGACUGUCUGUAUGCCUAUUAUUUAUAGAAAAUGAGAAGUUAACUAUUUUUUUGUAACAUUGGACCCACCUGGUAAAAAAAAAAAUGCAUCCGGUUAGCCGUAGUACAUUAUAAUUUUUCAGCAUUCAUGUUUAUUUCUGAUGAGCUUCCCAUGAUUACACCACAGUAAGAUUGAUAACAAUAAAUAAGCGUUUGGAUUUUGCCUUUUUUAAAAAUAGUUUGCUGGUGGUGGAGAGUUUACUGAUGAAGUAUCUGACAUAAAACGAGAUUUAUCUGGUUGGAAAGAAGUUCUUCUUCCACUUGAAAGUCUUCUUCUAUGGAAUCAGCCUUAUUACCCAGCAAUCAUAGUUGGAACAACCACAUUCCUUUUUUCGUAAGUUAUUUUUAAAUAAUUUAUUAAGUCAGGUGAAUUGUUCUGUCAUUAAUAUGUUUUAUUUUUAUUUUAAAAUGUAAUAUAUCUUUCUAUUUAGUUAAAUAUAUCUUUUUUAACAUUUAUUUCAGCCUUGUUUGGUAUACAGAAAUGUCUGCACUAACUGCUCUAUCAUUCUUAGGCAUGAUAAUUGGUAUCGUUGACUUUAUUGUUCCAUUCAUGGGUCCUACAAUAACCGGAUACAAAUCAUGGUACUUUUAAUUAUGUUUAAAUUUUUAUUAAUAUAGACUAUUUAUUAAUAUUUACUACUGUGUUUAAUAACUUUGGUAAAUAUAUCUUAAUGUUCCAGAAACUUUUUAAAAUUGAUUUUAUUUAGACAAUUAAAUUUGUUUUAAGAAUAAGUAAAGCGAGAUAAACGACAUUAUAGACUACAGGUUCCAAACCAUUUUUUAGUUGAGACACCAAUUUAUAGCAGCAACGUGCCCAUGACCCACAUAUGGUAAGAGAAAAAUAACACAUAGAAAACAGUAUCAGUCUUAUAAAAAUGCCUUUCAAUUUUCAAUCAAUAAUUUUUUAGUUUACUUUUUCAUUCAGCAAACCCACUAAAAAAACCUUCUCUGUAACCCCAUUAAGCCUCUAGACCCAUUGGUAUGGGAACCAGGGUUAUAAACAAUCAUGUCUAUUGCUGUUUUAUUUUUUUAGAUUUGCUUGAAUAGCGUUAAUUAAAAUUCUCUUAAUAGGGGGCCAAAAGAAGAAUCAGAUUUCACUGCUAUUUGUGAGAAGGUAGCAGGUAUUAGACAGGAAGUAAUAGAUACGUGGCGAGGACUUUCAACAAUGAGACAUCAAAAUGCAAAAUUGGUGAGCAGCUAAGAUAAAAAAUAUUUUUAAAUAUGUCAGAUUAAAAUACACAAAACAUUUUUGUGAAUAACAUUUGAAUAUUUGUAGCAGUAUCCAUUCAAGUUCAUUUUAUUUGUUUCAGUUCUUCUUCAUUGUUAUGGCAAUUCUGACAAUAACAGCUUGGAUUGGAAAUCUAAUUGACAAUCUUGUUCUCUUCUACCUUAUAGGUAUGUAACAUAACUUACUAUUUUUUUAAAAUUAUUCAUAGCAAAAAUGUAUUUUUAAACCUUGUAUGUUUUGAACUUUAUCCUAUUAUUCAAACACUGGUUAUUAAUACAAAGAAAACCAUGUGUUAAAAGCUAUAAACACAUUGGAAAAACUUUUAGUCUAAUGGGACCCAGGUGGAAAUGGCGGCACUGCGUGUCCGGGGCCAUUUUGACUAAAUGCUAUUCGGAUGUCAUUUGUGGUAGUUUAUUUUAGUUAAACUCAAGAAGUAAGUUUACAAACAUAUUUAGUUUUCAAUUGUCUUUCAUUUGAUACCUCAUUUUGUCUUACAAACCCAACAAUAAUAUUUUAAAUAGUUUUUUAAUCCCAACCUCUCACUUCUGUUACCUGGGUGCGAAUAGCCACAGAAAAAUGAAUGUGCAAUUUUUUCAUUCAAGGAGUAUCCUAAUAUUAUGAGGGUGCGGCUGGGAGCUCAUCAACUUAGCUGGAUUUUUAUUUUAAAAGUACUUUAAUUUUAGAAUUUAAAGUACAAGUAAUAUAUUUCAACUAAAUCAACAUUAAUUAUUAUAAGUGAAAAAAAAGUAAAGGGCUAUAAUACAUUUAUUCUUUUUUAGUAAACUUUGUCUUGCUGACACCGGGAUUGCGCCAUCAUCAGCUAACAAGCAAGUAUGUGCAGCCGAUAAUAAAAGCUAUGAACAGAGUAGUGAAAGCCACCACAACUGUGAAAGAAAAAGAAAAUUAAACAACACAUUUUUUACGCAUUUCAAAUUUUUAGAUCCUUUCUUUUUAUUAAAGAUGUUGUUCUAAUUAUUCAGAGUUUAUCCAUUGGCCAUAAAAUGUCCCCUUACACAACGAACAAGUAGACACAAAUCUGUCAUGUUUCUUAUUUUGCUGGUCAACCAUUUUAAUAAUGUUCUAUAAAAAUGGAUGAUCUUUAAAAUGCAAGAACUCUUUGGCAUUUUAUAAAUAUUACCUUAUUACAGCAUUAUUUUUACAUUUUCUAAUACUAAUACAUUAAAGGAAAAAAAAUAGAGCACAUGUCAUUCAAAGACAAGAGAAGUAUUUCCCUAAGAUAUUCUGUUGAUUUUUAACACAUGUAAACAAAGUAACAGCAGAGACUCAGGUUUAAACAGAAAUUGAAUGAAUCCUUUUCAGAAGAAAGUGAUGAAAGCUAACUUUGGUAAAACUAUUUUUUGAUGAAUAAAUAAUUUGCUUUGGUCACAAGAUAUCAUUCAUAACAGUUUCUGCAGUGCAUGUAAACAAACACUGUUUUAUUUUUAGAACCUAUGCAAGAGAGAAUCUAUAGUGGCUUGUCAUUUUAUCAGCUAUUGUUAGAAGAUCUAUUUUAUUUGUUAUAAUAUAAAUUUAAUGACCAUUAUCUAAUAUUUAAUAUUAAAGUUUUUGUAUAUUGUAUUGUUUUAUGGCCAUAUUCUGUUGAAAAAAAUAUAUGAGGUUAAUUAAAUUAAAAUUUUAUGAUAAAAAUAUUGCGUGACUGCAAAUUUAUUUCAUCAGACCUUUACUUAUAUUGGUAAUACUUUUAUUUCAUUAAUUAACAGAAUACAACAAUGUGAAGGCAAAAGACAAAUGAACUGGACUUUUAAUUAACAAAAUGAUUUUACCCAGUCUUGUUGAUUCUCACACUGUGUUUAUUGAGUCAUCUACACCUUCCUUAUUCCAAUUUGUUACCGAAUUCUAUCUAUUAAAAAAAGCAAUAUCUUAUGACACUUUGACAUGGGAAGUUACCAGACAUACAUGGAUCUCUUUGUUUUCCAAAUGAACUUUUUACAUAAUGUCUUUAAAAUAAUUAAACAAGUUUAAGAAAGGAAAAAGUACGGUAUAAAAAUUGUCUGAAGAAUCAGUUUAUAAAAUAUUUUUGUGGCAUAAUUUUAUUGUUAGAAAAAGUGUUCCAGUUAUAUAAUUUAUAGCAUCACCUACCUGAAUGAAGCACGACAAUGUCACACUUUGUCACCAAACUUAAUAUAAUGUGUGAAUGACUCGCUCAUCUCCAAGAAACUGAUAAUUUGAAUCCUAGAAAAUUCUUUAAUUUUUUUAGCGUACCAAAGGAUAUAAAAAUUGCUGAUUCAAAUAAUUUCCAUAAGAGAAUGGUAUGAUAUUUGACUUUAAACUACAUAAUGAAAACACAAAUUAAAUUCGAAUAUCUUUACUAAAAACAAUUUCAUGGAACUUGAGAUUUAUACACUUUUAUUUCCUUGCAAUUUUUUUGUUCAGAUUUAACUUGCUCUUCCACAAAUUAAUCAGCAAAAAGGGAGCUUAAAAAAUCUUAUCAGGAUUUUAUUAUUUGACAGCCGUUACAAACUUUAUUCUGUUUCAAAUAAAUAGUUAUGUUUUUUAAAGCAUCUCAACAUUAAAGAAGAGAUUGUUUUCUUUAUAUUCCUACAUUUACCCUAGGGUAGAACUUACAAAUGAGUCUUAAGGCCUUAUGUAUAAAGUGUUUGCACUCUAUUAAUUAGGAUUGUGUGUUGUUGAAAUUGUACUGUACUGUAACUAUUAUAAUAAUGGAUUUGGUUUAAAUAUAUUUUUUUUUGUUAUGUCCUUUACAUUUAAAAUUGAGUAGUUUUGUAAAUCUGAUUCUUACCCACUUUUUAGGUCAAGUGAUUUUUUAAAUUAAAAAUAUAUUUUUCAAAAUAGUUUUUUUUUAUCUAAACAAUAUCAGUGAUUGGUGCAUUUGGACUAAGGUUUGAAUUCCCUGUUGCUAAAUGACUAUUUGACCUUAUUCUCUCUAUACAUUGGUGCUUUCUCAAAAAUGUUGGCAAUUCUAUUAUAAUUUAAAGGUCAAUCAUUUUGUGUUUCCAGUUUUGAAUUGUAGCUGUGGAUGAAUCGUCAUUAUUUUAAAUUUUAGUACUAGCUCAAAGUAACAUCAUCUCCUUUUUGCUUUAUUUUGUAAUGCCUUCAUUAGAUUUAUUUUUGUCCCACAAGUAUAAUAUCGGUAGUCAUUUAUUUUUUUUCCUUAUUUUUUUUAUUUAUAAAUUUAAUAAGAAAAACUUGCAGAUUAAUAAGAAAAACGAAUGAUUAGAUUAAUAAGAAAAACGAAUGAUUAGGAUAGAGUUACUCCAUACUGCACUCUAUUUCCCCAUCAAAUCAAUAUGGAUACACUCCCCCUCUCCCUUUUUUUUUAAAAAUAAAAAAUUGUGGAUGUAUGCUACCCAGUUAUCAGUAUUUUUGGAGCUUUACAUGACUAUUUAAAUUCUAUAUUCAACAAAAUCAUAUUUAUUCUAACAUAAAAUAGUAUGUAUAUGUUGUAUGAAUAAGUAAUGAUAAGGCUAAAUGAUUGUAUAUAUUUAUACAAAUUCAUGCAUAACCAUGGUGUAUUUUGAAAUCAAUAUUCAAGGUAAAGAUUAAAAAAAAAAAGGCUUACUUUUAAUUUUUUUAAAUAGUUUAUUGUAAACUUAUCUUGGAUAAUAAAUGUUGGGAAAGUAUGGUAACUCACCAAGUAUCUAUUUUAAAACAUCAUUAAUUGUAAAUGAAAAAUAUGGGAAGGCGAAAAAUUUUGUUUCCAAUUUUCCUCUACUAAUCUGGUAUGUUGUUUCAUUUAACUUUCCACAUUAAAAGAUGUUUGUAAACUUUCAUUUUGUAUAAAAAAUUUGGUUAAAACAACAGUUAAAUUAUUAAAUUAUUGAAGUGUUGUGGUAUUAGUUUCGUAACACAUGAAAUAGUCUAUUAAAAUUUUAUGUUACUGUUUUAUGUUAACAUACCAUUAGUUCUCAAAAAAGUUAAGAACUGGCAAACAACAUAUUUAUUCUCUAAAUGUCAAAUUUUAGGAUGAAAUAUAACAUUAAAUAAUCAUCAGAAAGCUGUAUUCUUCUUCUUAGCUAAUAAUACCAUAAUAUACCAUAUUCAAUAUAAUUAUUUUUUGCUGGUUUCUUAUCAUAUAAAAAUUUAGUAUGUUUGUUGUAAUUACAAGAUCAAAUGUUUUAUUAUCAUUAUCAAGUCUUAAAUAUGUUAAACAUCACUAAUUUGAAUACCUUUUGGGCUUGCAUUUGCAAUCAAGGUAUGCCACCCAAAAAUUCAAUACAGAUAUCUUGUUUUGUCUCGAUUUCUUUUAGCAGAUUCAAAUAUUUAUAAUUAACAUUGUUUCUAAUGCUUCCUGCAUUUAUAUAAUUUUUAGUUAAUUCUUAGGUCAUUGGAUCCUGUUAUUAUAAUUCUUAGGUCAUUGGAUCCUGUUAUUAAGGACUAAUGUCAAAGUAUACAUGUUAUUCAAAAUGUUAACUCAUGUUUAUGUUGUAUAAAAUUAGAAGAAAUAAGGGACAGGUGUGAUGAUUUGUACCUGGUACUACAUUUAAAUAUAAUUUGACAGUUUUUAAAAUAAUAAAAAAAACAACUAUUUGACACUCAAGAGAGGUGAGAGUUUUUAUGUUAGUCCUUAGAUGCAAAAUUUAAUAUACUGUAUUUUGUCAUAUUUCAUUAGGUGAAAUGUUUAGUUUCUGUUUUUAGAGGUUUAUCCCUGGAUAAGUAAACUUAGACACUUCAUUAGAUUAUUCUGGGAUUGCUAGCCCUUGAUAUACAUUGGUAUUUUUCUUGAUUGAUGGACAUUCUUGAAAUUUGUUUUGACAACUGUUGUAUAGUUUACGGGUUAACAUUACAUUGAUUGAAAAUGGCUCUUGUUUUCUUUUGGUUGUUGCACUAGUUUGAAAAGAAAUAUAUUUUCUUCAUAAUUAAGAAAUUUAUUAUAGCUUUCAUGUAAAUAACAGCUUUGUUUAUAUUUGAGAAUUAAACAACCUACUUAUGUACCCUGAAUUUG